AUGUUAGGAUUGCGAGCUGCUAUUGAGAUACCCUCAGUCUCCGAGCAAGAAGACAAGAGAGACAAUGUUUUCCAGAUGGCAAAGUGGUUGGUCCAUGAGAUGGAGUCGCUUGGGAUAACAGUCAAGCAGAAGGACCUGGGCAAGGAACCGGGCAAGGAUAUCGAUCUGCCACCGUUGAUUAUCGGCCGAUACGGGUCUGAUCCGUCCAAGCCAACUAUUCUUGCCUAUUCACACUAUGAUGUCCAGCCGGCUGCUCUCUCAGAUGGUUGGGACGAUGAGCCAUUUGAACUCACCCAGAAAGAGGACGGAAGGCUGUGUGGCAGAGGGACGAGCGACGAUAAGGGACCGCUUUUAAAUUGGCUGAAUAUGAUACAGGCUUUCAACAAAGCGGGCCAGGACGUUCCAGCAAACCUUGUCUUUUGCUUUGAGGGCAUGGAGGAGAGCGGCUCGCAAGGGUUGGCAGACGCCCUGAAAAAGGAGUCAGCCGGUGAGUUUGCCAAGAUUGACAGCGUUUGCAUUACAGAUACUGCUUGGUCCACAAUAGACCGGCCAACCCUCAUCCGAGGACUUCGCGGAAUCAUGUUUUAUCACAUCAAUAUUGAUGGGGCUGAGAGUGACGCCCAUAGUGGCGCUUUUGGCGGCUCAUUAUCUGAACCCAUGACGGACAUGGUCAAUCUCAUGGCGUCGCUGGUCGAUUCUCGGGGCGAAAUCCUGGUGCCUGGAAUUUAUGAUGAUGUACUUCCGGUUUCAGCGGAGGAGCGAAAGGCUCUAGGCGAGAUAAAAAUGUCCAAGGACAGUCUCGAUGGCGGAAUCAACGGGAAACUCCUGCACGAAGACCAAGCAGAUAACCUCAUCGCAAGGUCGAGAAAGCCUGCUCUGUCCCUCCACGGUAUUGAGCGGGCCUCCCCAGGAAAGGGGGCUUCAACGAUCAUUCCAGGAAGAAUUCUCGGCAGAUUCAGCAUCCGAACUGUCGCCAACAUGAAUAUCGCAAAGAUAGACGAGCUGGUCCAGGCGCACCUCAACGCUAAAUUCAGACAGCUCGGCAGCAAGAAUCAAUUGUCCGUCCAGCUCACCGGUCGGGGGGAUUGGUUCUUUGAGGAGGUCGACCACUGGAACUACCGGGCAGCCAUCCAGGCUACUGAACAAGUAUGGGGGGUGACCCCGAAUAUCACUUCGGAGGGAGGAAGCAUUCCCAUCGCUCUCGACUUCAAGAAGGUCCUCAAUAGCAAUGUUGUUCUAUUGCCCGUCGGCCGAGCGGAUGAUCAUCCUCACUCAGAAAACGGCAAGUGUCUUCCUUUAGUCAAUUCUGGACUGUUAGGCUAA